AUGCCCGAGGCGAUGCGGCCACCCGGGGCGCGCGACGCGCUGGCGCCCAUCCAGUUCGCCUACGACCUCGAGGACGAGGCCGAGGGCGUGCGCAUCUGGGGCGGCGACCCGUACGACGCGACCGGGUGGGAGGUCGGCCAGACGUUCUUCGAGCGGUGGUGGUUCAUCUUUGACAGGGACGUUGUGGCGCAGAGCAACCGACUCAGAGAGAUUCGGGGGCGCUGCGCGGCUGCACUUGAGGGCGCCGCGGGUCGAGGAGCUGGGAGGAGUAUCUACCGGGAGUAUUCUUGCAGACCAGCUGCUUUCAGCUGCCAGCCGGCAACGGGACGAACCCCCACGUUAGAAGAACCCUGA